GCUGCAGCGAGUCCGAGCGCCGCCGGUUACACUUGUGAGCGCCUUCAGGAAACCACAGGGCAGGGGGAGUUCGUGCAGAGAAGCCGGGAGGGGGAGAGCGGCCGGCCCAGCCUCUGUGCCAGCCCAGUGACAUACAUAGAAGCCUAAAUCAGGCUGAUGAUGGUGCGUCCCGGCGCUCGCGCGUGUACAGGCACACCGGCUUGUCUAUGUGCGGUGUGGGCACCUGUCGUGUGAGUGGCUCCGGGCGUGGCUGCUCGUCGGACGUUUCAGUUUCUGUAAGAUUUAUCUCUAGGGCCUACCUUCCCCGGCUCCAGAGGGGAAAGUAAGAAGUUUAAGACAGCCGGGUCUGAGCAGAUUAAGGGGGUGGAACAACGGCAGGGCCGGAGAGGGUGGGAACCGCGGGUGCUGCGGGGUAGGGAACCACCUAUUUGCCCGUCUCCUAGGCAGAGAAGCUUUUUGGCAAGACUGGAGUGACAGGGGUGGCCUUGAAAUGUCUAGAGAGCCCGGGUAAUGAUGAUCACUGAGUGAGUGGCACUGGGCUGAGCCAGGGCGGUUUGACUGACAGAGAGGCAUGCUAGCAGUUAGGAAGGUAAGGAGGAAACUCAGGAUGGGGACCAUCUGCUCCCCCAACCCAAGCGGGACAAAGACAUCAUCGGAGGUCUGCAAUGCCGACUGGAUGGCCUCGCUCCCCUCUCACCUCCACAACGUCCCCCUUUCCAAUCUGGCAAUCCCAGGCUCCCACGAUUCAUUCAGCUACUGGGUAGAUGAAAAGUCCCCGGUAGGGCCUGACCAAACCCCAGCUAUCAAACGCCUUGCCAGGAUCUCCUUGGUGAAGAAGCUGAUGAAGAAAUGGUCUGUGACUCAGAACCUGACGUUCCGAGAACAGCUGGAAGCCGGGAUCCGCUACUUUGACCUGCGUGUGUCUUCCAAACCUGGGGAUGCUGACCAGGAAAUCUACUUCAUUCAUGGACUUUUUGGCAUCAAGGUCUGGGAUGGGCUGAUGGAGAUUGACUCGUUUCUUACCCAGCACCCCCGAGAGAUCAUCUUCCUGGAUUUCAACCACUUCUACGCUAUGGAUGAGGCUCAUCACAACCGCCUGAUUGUCCGGAUCCAGGAGGCCUUUGGAAACAAGCUGUGCUCGGCCUGCAGUGUGGAGAGCAUGACACUACAACACCUGUGGGAGAAGAAGGGCCAGGUUCUUAUUUUCUAUCACUGUCCCUUCUACAAGCAAUACCCAUUCCUGUGGCCUGGAAAGAAGAUCCCAGCGCCCUGGGCAAACACUACAAGUGUGCGCAAACUAAUCCUCUUCUUGGAAACCACGCUGAGUGAGCGGGCCCCGCGUGGCUCCUUCCACGUCUCCCAGGCAAUUCUCACCCCCAGGGUGAAGACCAUCGCCCGGGGCCUGGUUGGUGGCCUCAAGAACACUCUGGUUCAUAGUAGGUACAGUGAAUCGUAUGAAGCAGCUUGGAUGCCACCCAGCAGGCCAUACCUUCAAAUAACUUCCUCAGAGCAGAAUUGAUCCUGACUAUACAAUUAGGCAGAAGAAGCUCCAGAAAUUUUGUAUUAGAUGAUGAUCUUUAUCCUGGACACCAAUAAAUGAUAUGUGUUGUCAAGAAAAAGGUUGCUUGUAUACAUGUAUAUGUACGUGUGUAUGCCUAUGUACAUAUAUUUGUAUACAUAUGCAUAUGCCUGUGUAUAAGGGAGCACUGCAAAUACAUUUGGACAGUAUGACAUCCCUGGAAAUCCAAGCUGAGGAAGUUCGUAUGUUUGGGUUCCUGAGUUCCGGGAGGUGCCAGAGUUCAGACAGUGAACAAUUCAUCCAAAACUGUCCCCAUCUAUUUAGUUCUGAGUUUAGAAGCAUGACUUCAGAUGACAGUUUACCUGGCAGGAGUUUGGUUAGCAAGGAGUGCCUGAACUUUUCUUUGUUGGUGAGAGCUACUGAUUAUGUUGGCCAUGAGUGAAACCAGAAACCCCUUUCUGUGUGUCUUGAUUAAGUCUUGAUGGAAUUUCUUGUGCUGAACUUAGAAAAGAGAAUCUCACAAACCAAUGAUAUAUCUCUGAAAGAGUCAGAAUCACAAAGUUUCUUUUUCUAAUAAAAUGUGCUCAUGUAUCCACACCAUCUUCUUCAUACCUUUGGUAAAUUUGCAUAUUACUUAUUCAUUCAUUUAUUCACUUGUUCAUACACAAAGAUUAAGUACCUGGGAGGAGCUAAGUCCAAAGAUACAAGAUGAACUACAGUCUAUCAGGAAAAAUGAACAUGUGCAUUUCUAAAAAGCAAUGUAAAAAUCGCUAUGAUUAAGUCUGUGCAGAGAGCUAUACUAAUAAGGGAGAGUAAGAUCUUAAAAAUAAGGAUGAGUUAUAUCUGUAUUCUGAAUAGCAAGUACCCUCUUGCAGAUCAUUUCAACUGAUUCUUAAAUUAAGCCAGCCUUUAGGAGGGCAUAUUGUUCUAGAGUACAUUAUCACCCCCAUUUCAGACGGGACUUAAUGAGGUUAGGCAGCCCAGCCCACAUAGGUGGUAAGAGUCAAUAAUAUGCCCCAACUCUGAAUUCCUGAUUGUGGUAUUAUUGCCCUUCUCAGUAUUCAUAGACUUGGAUAUAGCAUAUUACAGUGCCCUGUGUCCUUUCUGUUCCACUGGCCAAUAAUUAUCAUACUAGUGCCUGAAUCUGGUCAGAUCUUUCUGGUUACAACUAUGAACCCACAAUGUCACAAUGCUUUUCAUACUUGCAAAUUCCUAGAACGUUAAUGUGGCUGCAAAUGAAGCACAGGGCUUUUCCACUUGGCGGCAAUGAAGGCACACCCCCAAGGCCAAGGCGCCCUAGCAGCCUGAGCCUUCACCCACUGGUAGCAAGCACAUUUCCAUGAGAUUAGAAAAAUACUUGGGCAUCUUGACCCUGCUGAUCACAAGAAUAUUACACGGAUGCAUCAUGUGGUCCUGAGCCUCCUUGUCAGCAAAAGGAAGAAAUUUAGCUUUUGUUAAGAGUUUGUUCCCAAAUACCAGUGAGACAUGUGGCUCUCAUUUUCUCUGGGCUACUAAACAAGCAUAGGAAAGAAGCAGUUGUCACAAAAGCUUUUCCCAGAAGGUCUGUCCUACACCAAGGCACACGAUGGUGCUGUCAAACAGGGCCCAGGCACUAGCUAUCACCUUGACCAAGAGGAAGAAGACAAGGUGAGUUUUCCUACAAAUGUAUAGGUGGUUCUCACAGCAAAAAAAUUAACCCACACCCACCCCUGCUUGCCUAACUCUUAGGUGAACUUCGGACCUGAGAUUUUGUUCACUUUGGUUCAUCACAAUAAAAGGAAGCAAUGAAAAAUACAGCCAUUCUCAGUGAAUUUCUAUGCUGGUUUCAUUGAAAUCAAAUGAAAGCAAGUUUUGCCUAAGCCUGAGGACAGAGCAGCCCCUGGACCAUAGAAAGGGACACGGACUGAAAUCAGAAGUCUGAGAUUGACUCCUGAUGUGGUCCCUGUUAUGGACUGAAUUGUGUGCACUGAAAAUGCCUAUGUUGAAGCCCUAACCCUCAGUACAUUAGAAUGUAAUUAUAGAACAAGUUAGGGCCUUUAGAGAGGUAAUUAAGGUUAGAUGAGGUCAUAGGUGCAGCCCUAAUCCAGGGUGACUGAUGUCUUAUAAGACAAGAAAUUUGGACACACAAAGGGAUGCACAGAGAAAAGAACCCAGGAGGACACAGCCAGAGGAGGCCAUCUGCAAGCCAAGGACAGAGGCCUCAGAAAAAACCCGCCCUGCCAACAGCUUGAUCCUGGACUUCCAGCCUCCAGAACUGGGAGGAAAUACAUCUUUGUUGUUAAGCCUCCCAGUCCGCAGCAUUUUCCUACUGUGGCCCAAGCAAACUAAUGCAGUCUCUUGAGAACAGGGCAGUCUCUGACAACUUCCCUGAGGUCUCUGAGCUGUGGUUUUCUCACUCUUUAAAUGGGGUUUUUAAUACCACCCAAGAUUAUAGAGUGUUAACAGAAAAUGCCUACCACAGUGCCUGGCCCAGAACAGACAUUCUGUCCCUGUCCCUAAGGAAACCCAGAAAGAGUGGACCAGCCUUGUUCUCAGUGGGCCUCAAAGCCAAAGGGAAGCUUCUAACCUCCUGCUCUGCAACCCAUGGGAUUUGGGGCCUAACAGGCAUGUCAGCAAUGUCCAGCUCAGCCUUCUGCUCUGAUCCCUCAUCUUGGUAGAUGCCAGGAGUUAAGAAAAUAAAGUGAUUCCUCCUCACAGUGGGCUCUACAAUUCCCUUUCUUUGUACGUAUUCCUGGUUAUUCGAUCCUUGCCUUGGGGAAGGCUGACCCAUGCAACCCGAAUCUGACCCAGACCUGUUUGUCCACGGAGACCACAGGUGCGUGCCUUUCCCACAUUUUCCUGCUCAAGCUCCAGGUAUCUCCUGAGGUUUGGCUCUGGCUGGAGUCACCAGAAGUUGCCUACCAAGCCUUGAAUUCUCAUUUCUCCAUAAUGACCAGAAGAUGGCGCCUGCAUUUCAUACUUAAACAUUGACUAGUGCUUUUCAAACGAAGUCUUGAAUAGGUCACGUUCACCACGACUGUGGUCUUCAUGUGGACUACUGUGUAUUCUGCUUCUCGGUCUCCAAGGGAAGACUAUUUUCAUCCCUUCAUUUUCAGGCCACGUUAUUUUGUCCUUGGUAUUUACCCAGAAGAAAUACAAACAAAUGUCCACAAAAGGACUUGUAUAGCAAUGCCGUAAGUUUUAUUCAUAAUAUCCCAAAACUGGUAACCACCCAUUUGACUAUCAAUAGGAAAAUGGAUAAACAAACUACAGUCUAGUCACAUGGUGGAAUACUAUGCUGUGGUAAAAAAGGAAGCUACUGAUGCAUGCCACAAAAUGGAUGAACUUCAAAAGUAUAGUGCUGAGUGACAGGCUCACACAGAAGCCAUAUUGCAUGAACUUACAUGAAGUUCUAGAAAGGAAAAUUUAAUCUAUGGUAGAAGAAAACUCAGUAUAACCAUGGUCUCUGGGGUAGUGUUGAUGAGGAAGGUACAUGCAGGAGCUUUCUGGGGUGUGGAUAACGCUCUGUGCCUUGGUGGGACAGUGGGUCAUGUGUAUACAUUUGAACACCCGUUAAAUUUGGACAAAUGUAUAUACAUAAGCUACACUUUGUGCAUUUUACUGAAUGAAAACUAUGUCAAAAGAAAAAAGCAAAAUGAAAACAAACAUUGGACCCUGUUAAUGAUAUGCAUUCUGAGGUAUUUAGGAGAUGUAUAUAGAGAUUUAUAGUUGGAACUAUCAAAAAUAUAAGAUAGACUGAUGGAAGGAUAGAGUGAUGGACUAAAUGGAUAGACAUGGUAAUAACCAAGUAUAGUAAAAUGCUGAUAGUUGGAUCUAGCUGGUGGAUAUCCUUACUGUUACAUUUCUCUUAGUGUUACAAUAUGUUGGAACUUUUCCAUGAUG